ACUCACGCCCGGCUCGGAGGAGAGUGCCUGGUAGAUAAAAAGCAAGCCGACAUGAUAGCGGCCCUCCUCUCUGCGUUUGGUCGUCGGCCAGGCUGCUGCUGCUUUCUACACAGUCCAAACGAAACUCCCAGCUUGUCACCAUGUCCGAGAAACUUCCCUACAAAGUUGCUGACAUCAGCCUGGCCGAGUGGGGGCGCAAGGCCAUCGACAUUGCGGAGAAUGAGAUGCCGGGCCUGAUGAAGAUGAGGGAGAUGUACGGUCAGUCCAAGCCGCUCAAGGGCGCUCGCAUCUCCGGUUGCCUCCACAUGACCCUGCAGACCGCCGUGCUCAUCGAGACCCUCACCGCCCUCGGAGCAGAGGUGCAGUGGUCGAGCUGCAACAUCUUCUCCACUCAAGAUCACGCCGCUGCCGCCAUCGCCAAGUCGGGUGUCCCAGUGUACGCUUGGAAGGGUGAGACUGACGAGGAGUACAUGUGGUGCAUCGAGCAGACUCUCUACUUCAAAGAUGGACAGCCCCUCAACAUGAUCCUGGACGAUGGAGGAGAUCUCACCAACCUGGUACACCAGAAGCACCCCAAGCUGCUGGCAGGCAUCCGUGGGCUGUCUGAGGAGACGACCACAGGCGUCCACAACCUGUACAAGAUGAUGAAGAAGGGCGAGCUGAAGGUUCCCGCCAUCAACGUCAAUGACUCAGUGACCAAGAGUAAGUUUGACAACCUGUACGGCUGCAGGGAGAGCCUCAUUGACGGCAUCAAGCGCGCCACCGAUGUCAUGAUCGCCGGGAAGGUGGCGGUGGUGGCGGGCUACGGCGAUGUGGGCAAAGGCUGCGUCCAGGCCCUGCGUGGCUUUGGCGCCCGUGUCAUUGUGACGGAGAUCGACCCCAUCAACGCCCUGCAGGCCGCCAUGGAGGGUUACGAGGUGACCACCAUGGAUGAAGCCUGCCUGGAAGGAAACAUCUUUGUCACCACCACCGGCUGUGAGGACAUCAUCCAGGGCCAUCACUUUGAGAACAUGAAGGACGACGCCAUUGUCUGCAACAUCGGACACUUUGACUGCGAGAUCGACAUGAGCUGGCUGAACAAAAACGCAGCCAAGAAAGUCAACAUCAAACCUCAGGUUGACCGUUACCUGAUGAAGAACGGUCGCCACAUCAUCGUGCUGGCCGAAGGCAGGCUGGUGAAUUUGGGCUGCGCCAUGGGUCACCCCUCGUUCGUCAUGAGCAACUCCUUCACCAAUCAGGUUCUGGCUCAGAUUGAACUUUGGACCAACACUGACAAAUACCCCGUGGGAGUCUACUUUUUACCCAAAAAGCUGGAUGAGCAGGUGGCCGCCGCUCACUUGGACAAACUGGGGGUGAAGCUGACCAAGCUGACAGACGGCCAGGCCAAGUACUUGGGUCUGCCCAAGGAGGGCCCCUUCAAGCCGGACCACUACCGCUACUGAGGUGCCUCCGCUUGACCCGAGGAGAAGAGGCAGGAGCAAGAGGCGGGGCUACCAGGGAAGGCCGUUUGGACUGAGCAGAACCCCUCCAGUGACAAGCAGCCAUCUUUGUUUUGCUUUAAUGUCUUCACACAUCGGCCAUCUUGACUCCUCCUCAUCAGCUCUGGCGAGGUCGCUAAGAGACGUUUCUCUUGUCAUUCCCUCUCGUUAAUGGAAUAAAAUUAACCCUUUCCAUGUGGCUCUUAGCUAGCUAACGACGUGCAGUGGCCUUAUUCCAGUUUAGCACUUAGCAACUGUACUUGACCACCAGGAGGCGCUAAACCGCUGUGGUCUGGAUUCAUAUCAAGGUCUUAAACUUUCAUUUCUUCCUCUACUGUAAUUAUUUAAUUGGACUUGAUCGAAGAACGCACGCCGAGGUCGUGCUCAAGUCGGUGGUGACGGUUUGAUGAUGAUUGUGAGAAAUAAACAUGCUGACCCUA